AUGUCACUGCCUAUCAUUAACACUCCCCAUGGAUGUGCUGAGAGCUUGCUGCCAAAAGGUGAGGCCCAAACCAAGAUCUCAGAAGGAACCGACAGCGUAGUGGCUUCAAUCCCUAAGUUGAAGCCAUAA